CCAGAGAGUGAAAUGACAGAUGUUUUAUUAGAAUUAUGGGAUUUAGCUCCUAAAGCAGUUCCAAAAGAAUCACAAACUUAUCCAUUCAAAACUUAUAAUCCAAUACAAUUAAGAAAAGUAAGAGAUAUCAAUCCAUUAACUAUUAAUUCGUGGACAAGUAGCCGAGUUACAUUAAUUGGAAAUGCAGCACAUGCUAUGAGUCCGUUAUUAGGAUUAGGAACAACACAUGCUAUUCAAGAUGCUGAAGCUCUUUCUCAAGCAUUACUUAACUAUUCACCAGAAAAUUAUAUUUCUUAUAUAGUUAAAAUUUAUUAA